AUGAUGAACUACGGUGGUCACCCAUUCCACCCUCAGCAGCCACAGCAACCUCAGCAGCAGCAACAUCAAGGUGUUCAACCCCAACAUCCGUUGGGUCCGCAGCCUCAACGUCAGCAUGCCCAGUCGCCCUUGCUAGGUGCGGGGCCGCAGCUGCCACAGCAUGGCAGUCCAUUCCCAGGCAAUAAGCCAGUUUUUCGGGGGCAACCUCAGCAGAACUUCGGUUCGUCGCAAUCUCCAGAUAUGCGCAAGAUGACCCCGACAUCGGGAUCAUUGGGUGGGUACCCCACAACUAGCAGUUUCGGCCAAUUUCCGGGGCAAUUUGCGGCGCAGAGCUCCCCGGACCUGAUGUCUCGGAAUCCAGAUCCUAUGGCGCUGCAGAACCUCCAGCGUGGGUUUAAUCCAAUGGCCCACCUUCGGCCGCAGCCAGGAAUGAGUCCUUCAACUGGCCUCACUCAUGGACACCCCAUGAACGUUCCUUCGCCGCAGCAGGGGAUGAACAGACUUCCUCACGCAGGCAUGCAGCAGAGAGAUAGCCAUACGUCCGGCAGUCCAUCUAUGGCCAGCCCUUCUAUGUUUGCCUUGAAUCAACAGCGACAGGCCCAGCCACAGUCACAACCUCAAUCACCUCAGCAGACACACCAACAGUUGCAACAGCAGAUUCAACAGCAACAGUUCCAACAGCAACGAAUUGAGCAACAGCAAAGGAUGGAGCAGCAGAAGCAAAUUCAGCAUCAACGUUUGGAACAGCAACGCUUGGAACAACAGCAGCGGCUUGAGCAACAGAAGGAAUUGGAACAACAAAAGCUAGAUGAGCAAAAGAUAUUGGAGCAGCAGCAACAGCAACGCCUAGAGCAGCAAAGGAUUGAGCAGCAGAAACAGCAUCAACAACGGGUGGAACAGCAGCGGCUUGAGCACCAGCAGAAGCAGCAAUUGGAGCAGCAGAGGUUACAAAAAUUGCAACACCAGUCCCAAGCACACAAUCCAUACCAACAGCAGUCACCUUUUUCCCAGCACACCCAGCCUUCAUUCCACCCAUCGCAAUAUCAACAGCAUCAACCUCAAUCACAACAUCCAUACGCUUCACACCAGACACAAUUUUCUCAGCCGCAGCAGACGCAGUUCCAGCAGUCUCCACACCAGGCUCAAUUCCAGCAUUAUCAGCCAGGACCACACUCUGCUGCCGUGCCUUCCUCACAGACACCUGCACCCGCUGUCCCUGCAGUCACUGAAAGCCCGGUCAUGAAGUCUGACGAGUUGAGUCCUAUACCGAAAAAGAAAGCGAAACCUAAGAAGGCUUCAACGGCUCAAGCUCAGCCUGUCCAAACCCAGCCUCAUGCCCAGCAUCAACUAAAUGCCCCCAUGGCCGUUUCAAAUGCUCUCCCCGCACAGGCCAACGGUCAAGGACAGAUGCCUGCCGUGGCCGCAGUUGGAGGUGAUCAAAUUGCUACCCCGCCUCCGAAGCGUCGUCGGGGACGACCUAGGAAGGAGGAAGUGGCAGCCAGGCUUGCUGCGCAGGCCGCGCAGGCUGCCCAAAACGGCGAGUCUAUCCCAGGAAUACCUCAACCGGGGCAAGCUUCAUUCAAUGCGAAUAUGACACCAACUGCUCCAGGCUCCGCGGGCCCAAACACUACCACUAAGGGGACGCCUAUUCUGGGACCGGAUGGGACUCCUUUGAAGCGGAAACGUGGGCGUCCCCGUAAGGCUGAUCAAAUUGCAUGGGCAGCUGCAACGGGCCAACCCUUACCACCACCAAAACCAAGGAAGCCAGCUUCUGCUAAGCCAAAAGCACCCGGUACAGGCCGACCACGUGGGAGACCUCGCAAGGCUGAUGUAGCUGCUGCAGCUGCGGCUGCCGCCGCUGCCGCUGCCAGUGGGGAUCAGACGCAAGCAGAUAGCAAUACUCAAUUGGGUGAGGGCACAGAUACAACGAGCGCACUCAACCGUGCAACCUCUUCGGUCGAUGAAGAGGCGCGCAAACGGUCCUGCCCGACCCCACCGCAGAUGCUUCAAGGCCAGUCUCUGCCGCAACAGCAAAAUCUCCACAUGUUCCAGCAGAAUCAAUCUUCACAGGCGCAGGCAAAUCAACAUAUUGGGCCGCCGCAAGUCCAGCACAUGCAUCAGCAACAGAACCAACACAUGUCCUCACAACCUGGUUCCCACCUGCCGCAUAGCCAGUCCCUCUCCCAGCAGCCCGGCCAGGCGCUCUCUAUGCCACACAUGCAAAUGCACCAUCAUUCUCCCGUUCACCCCCCGCGACCCCUCCCUCACCAACCAUAUCUUCAAUCGCCGAUGCAACAACAGAUGCAGCACCCGAUGUCGUCUGAGUCCCCUGUCCACGGGAUGCCAGGACAACCACGCAGACCCCCAAUUCCACAACGGAGCCAGGCCCCUCCCCCGCCUGCACCGCAACAUGAACAUCAGCAUACCUUCCAGAUCCAGAUGCAGCCGCAGCCAACCUAG